UUAUCAUCUAGGCUAUGCAACUUAACUAUGUGUAGCUCUCGGAAACAACAAACAAUUUGUCACAAAUAAAAUUCAAGGUUGCGGAAUUGAAUGCAUGACGCAUCUUUGUGUUAACUGAUGGAUUCAUAUCGUCGCGUUGAUGGGUGUUAUCUGACAGGCUAAUCGACGCUAGUAAAAAAUGUUACAGCCAACAUAGAUGCGUCACCAAAUCAUGAGUGUGAUGUAUCAUAAUCUGUCCGCGCGUUCCUUCAAAAGUCGCCACAGAUCUUUUUCUCUGCAUAAAAUCUCUGGCCGAUGUGAAUUUCGCGAGUAAUUCAGAGUGACUUGCCUUUCUUUCAUGCUUUAUGGAGACCUCAAAACGGCUGAAGGCAAAGGCGCUGUACGACUUUGAACCGCAGGCUCCCGGAGAAAUUGGCAUUUGGGCCAACGAGACUGUCACUGUGAUCAACAAGGACGUGGGCGAGGGCUGGUGCGAGGGCAUCAACAGCAGAGGAGAGACUGGGCUCUUUCCCGAAAAUUAUAUUGAGUUGAUAUCGUCUCCACCCCCACCGUCCAUGCCUCCCCCACCGUUGCCUCACAUGUACACGGAGAAGGAUACGACGUCAACUUCUGCGCCAGCCACUUUCGAUAACGGAGAUGACUGGGACGAUGACUGGGACGACGAUGACUCCAACCAGGGUAGCCAGGAUUUGAAUCAACACCCUCAGCUGUCAGGACCUGGCAACUUUGGCUUGUCCCUACCAAACCGUCCGACACUAUCGGACAUUGGGAGCAAAGGAGACCAAUCUACUAAAAGUGGCACUGUCAAGCGCUUCAAUCGGUUUUCCAAUUUUGUCAAGUCUGGAGGUGAAGCAUGGCUACUUGGUAGUAUAAAGCCACAGCCAAAUUCUCUCGACGCCGUACAGAUCAUGGAACAUGAGGGUGAAAUGGUUUGGUCACCAAACAAGAAUCCUUACUUAUGUGAAGUUUCAUCCCCAAAGAAGGAGAGCAAGUUGAAAGGACUCAAGAGCUUUAUCGCCUAUCAAAUAACACCCUCGUUCAAUCAGAUCCCCGUGAGCAGACGUUACAAGCACUUUGACUGGCUACACGAACGGUUGCAGGAGAAGUUCUCCCUUAUCCCAGUGCCCCCGCUGCCCGACAAGCAGAUCUCAGGACGCUACGCGGAGGAAUUCAUCGAACACAGGAUGGCUCUGCUGCAGUUGUGGGUCAGUAGGAUAUGCAGACAUCCGGUCCUAUCGCAGUGUUCAGUCUGGAUGCAUUUCCUUACCUGCCGAGACGACAAGCAAUGGAAACUAGGCAAGCGGAAAGCAGAGAAAGACGAUUUGUUGGGUGCACACGUCUUCGCUGUGAUCCAGUGUCCGCAAUCGCCUGGAGCCUGCUCUGAAAGAUGCAUGGAAGCCUUCUCAAAGUUUUCCGAAAAGAUGGACGUCGGUGUAAAUAGCCUUUACAAGACGGCGCACAACCAGAUGAAAAAAUGCUCGCAGCACUACAAACAGGAGUGUUUAAAAAUUGCAAACUCACUCGGCGAGCUUGUGCAAGCUUUUGAGCUUGACAAGACACAACGUUCUACUCAGUUAACGGAAGCGUUAAAGCACACUGGUGACACAUACAGGUCUGUGGGUGACAUGUACGAGAACAAGUUGAAACAUUGUUUCGAAGCCAUGGGAGACGUCUUGUACGAGUACAAAGGCAUUCUGGCAGUGUGGCCAGAAGUGAUCAGUUACCAUAAGAGCUUUCUCAAUAAAAAUCGUGAGUACCACAAGCUGCGUGACGAAGCCAAGCUGUCAGCGGAUGAACUGGAUGGCAUCAACCAGCGGACAGACGUAGUGUCCUUUGCCACCAUGGCAGAAAUUAGCCAUUUUCAGCAAGAACGGGUUCUCGACUUCAAUGCCAUGAUGUACAAAUUUUUGGGUGGCCAGAUCGAGUUCUACGAAGAGGUUGUGCGGAACCUGAGAGAAACGCAACAGCAUUUUGCCCCACCUCAGUAGUUACCCUCCAAGAAGAACGCCACUCUCAUUCCGUCGCGGAAACAUCGGUGUUUGCUGGCUGUGCAUCUUUAUUUUGGUGCAACGCUGUUUUUUAUGAACUGGUGCCAUCAUGCAAGAAGAUGACGUACAUUUUGACAGCUAGUUCCAGUUCUAUUGUGGCAGGUGUCUGUAAAAGUGGACUUCAAAAUUCCUUUUCUACGAAGAUACUUUGGUUUCAAACUUUGUGUAACAGGAUCUUAUUGCCUGGUUUAGUAGACAUGAAUAGAGAUAUACUUUAUUUUGCUAGGGCUAAAUCCAGUACUGCAUUGUUAGCAUUGUUACAAUGCAUCAGGCAGUGAGAUGCUGGAUCGUUUGGAGAAUUGUUUAAAAAUCAUGUACAUGUUUGUUAGCAAAUCUUUGUUUAGAAGCGCCUUUAUGUGCAUGCUGCAGAAUUACAAUCACUAUGCAUCAUAUUUUGUUUUCUGUAACGUAUUUCUUCUUUUUUUUGCAUAAUAAUCGCGUAAGUUUUGCAGCAUCUAUCAUGCAGAAGUGUAAACCUGUGAGGGUAAGUUCUUGUUUUAUUCACCUUCACACUCAUGUGCAUGACAGAGGCACCAAAAACUGUGUUCCAAACCCUUUACGUGAGCAGAACACAGGCAGUGUAAUAAGUUUUCACGAUAAAGGCUGGCUGUUAUAAAUAAAUGAUAAAUUUUUGCAAAUUAAAUUAUUAAUUGCAAUUUCA